AUGAAUUCUAAAUUGUGCGGACUACCGCGUGUCAAUCAGGCAGAGGCUAAAGAAGAAAACUCCGACGAAUAUAUUUUUUGCUCUCGCUGCUGCUUCAACGUGUACGAGUAUUGUUCGAUACAUGGUCCUUUACUGGUCAUACCGGAUGACGAGGUACCAAAGCAAUGUAACUUACCGUUGCGCAUUCCAAAAGCUGCGUUCACCAUACCAAGUAAAUUUCUGCACCUAGCCCCUUCAGCCAUAUCAGACUCUGGUGUCGGGGUGUUCGCGACUUGGCCGCUGCCGGCCGGCGUACGCUUCGGCCCUUACCGAGGGCGGAUCACGCGAGGGAUCGGUUCCCAGUACUGCUGGCAGAUCCACAGCAGAGUAGGUCCCGCCUACGCAGUGGACGCGGCAGACGACGACCACGCCAACUGGAUGCGCUACGUGAACUGCUCGCGGAACUGGCAGCAGCAGAACCUUCUCGCUUACCAGUACAGGGGGCAAAUUUAUUACAGGUCCAAUGUGCAACCUCGUCGCGUAUAUCCAAUCCACAGCAGAGUAGGUCCCGCCUACGCAGUGGACGCGGCAGACGACGACCACGCCAACUGGAUGCGCUACGUGAACUGCUCGCGGAACUGGCAGCAGCAGAACCUUCUCGCUUACCAGUACAGGGGGCAAAUUUAUUACAGAACCAUUAAGACAAUACCUCGGUUCGGCGAACUUUUGGUGUUCUACGGCAGCGAGUUUGCAUGGUCGCUCAAUAUCGAUUUGACGAUAUACAAUUCUAAUAAACCUGGCUAUGACGACGCAGAUAAAUCUAAGGCAGCCAUGGAUGGCACGCGUGCUAAAUGUCAAAAAACGGCCCUGUUUACGGAGAACAAACCCGAAAUCUUUGACAAAUUUGGUUAUAAUAAUUUACAAGCUGUGGACCUCAAGUGUACCUCGUCGGACAACUGCACCGAUUCCUGGACUCCACCGAGAGGCGUGGGG